ACUGACUGCUCAUUGUAAGACUUGAUACGCACCACCCCAUCCCUUGUCGCCAUCGCAGCCACUAUGAGACUGGUAGCAUCAUCCUCGUCGCUGCCAAUGACCUCGAUCGCAAGUCGCUUCACUUCGAGCUCAGCCAGCGCAGUCGCAUCUACCUCGCGAGUGCAGCUUCGCAGCUUCCAGACCACCUCCUCGUCUGCCGAAGAGGGCCAACGAUCCGCUCGACCUCCUAACGCCCAAUUGGGAGAGAUCGCAGACACCAUUAGGAGGAAUGUCUCUCCUGGAGGUAGCACUGGUGUUGGGUUCCAGCGGGCGGGUAGGGCUGUAGGAGCAUCGGGAAACGUGUUCACGCCGGGGGCUGGAUUGAAGCCAGAGCCCACGUUUGGUCAGAGGGAGAGGCCUGAGCCUAGGCCGGAACAUGGACAGCACCUCGUCCCUCACUCUGUCUCCUACGAAGCCUUCAAUCGCGAGCAGACUUACCGAGUCCCCCCACGUCUAGGUCCCCGCCGACGGAUCGCCGAGACGCUCGACCAGAUCCACAAGCUAGGUCUCAAUCCCGGCAAACCCUCUCUCCACGACGACUCGUACAAGAAUGGCGCUUUCCUCUCACCCUAUGUUAGUGAAAUGGGCAAGAUCCUUUCGAGGAACAAGACGAACCUGACUUGGAAGAGUCAGAAGAGUGUGGGAAAGGCGAUUAGGAGGGCUAGGAGCAUGGGGAUCAUUCCGGUCUUGGCCAGGUCUAAUGCUUGGAAGAGUGAUGCUGGAAGUCUUUGGAAUUAUUCGGGAAGAGGUAGGGGAAAUUCGUAGCGGGAGACGUGGGAGAGCCGCCUCAUAGAGAUUGAAGCGAG